AUGCGCGGUGACCGCCAUCUUGUUCCUACUGCUUUCUCAUCUGGCGGCAAGAACAAGGCGAAACACUCCUCCAUCAUCCACGUUCUCAUCCCGGCAGACCACAAAGAUGUCAAUCUUUGCAAGACGAUGCUCAGCGCUGCAGUGGCUGGGUAUCCAACCCCUACGCUGAUUAACUGGGGCGCCACAUUUGACGAUAAAUCGCUAGUAGCUGGAGGUUCGCAUAUAGCCAAGAUCAGCGGUGUGCUCGAAUACCUGCGUAAACUUGGGCCGGAACGCGACGACGACUUGUUGCUGCUGGUGGAUGGAUACGAUAUCUGGUUUCAACUGCGACCCAGCGCGUUGAUCUCGCGCUUCCAUGCUAUCAACAACGCGGCGAAUGCGCGUAUACGGAAGACUAUGGGCUCCGGAGCGGCGGCUGCAGAGGGUAUAAGCCAGAACAUUGUCUUCUCGGCGCAGAAGCGCUGUUGGCCCUGGAAACCAGAGGACCCCCCUUGCUAUGCUGUACCGCAGUCUUCGCUGCCUGGAGACAUCUACGGACCACAGACAGAUACCGAUAUCGGCUGGGACAAGAACCCAUACGUCAAGUUCCGUCAACGGUACCUCAACUCCGGAGAUGCCAUGGGCCGCGUGGGCGCGAUGAAAGCGCUCUUCGAACGCGCCAUGGAGAAGGCAGACAAAGACCGCAACUUUGGCAGCGACCAGAAGAUCUUCAGUGAGAUUUUCGGCGACCAGGAAUUCCAACGCGAGGUCAUGAGACAACGACACAGGUCUUUCUUCCAAAAGACGGGGGAUUGGUUAACGGGGAGAAAGAGCAUCCUUAGCCCGCAGUCUGAGCGGCACUUGCGCGAGCACAAGGCUGGCAAGCCAGAUGAGUUUGGCAUCGGACUGGAUUAUGCCAGUCUACUUGGUCAUCCCACAGUCUUCGCAGAAGAAGACUCAGCAUGGGUUACACAUGGCGACCCCAAGUCCAUUGCGCAAGCGUCUGCUGAACUCAACGUCGCGCCAGUACGCGUUCACGACCUUGUCCAAGACAUUACCGAGUCGCAACCGCCAUUCCGCCCCGCAGUCGUCGCUCCGGGUGCCAAAUUCCCCGAUGAGAAGUCUUGGAACGAUGUUCCUCUCUACACGAACAUGUGGACGAGCGUCGUCCCUGGCCUGAUCCACCACAACGCGCAUCGAGAUGGGCUCAAGUCCCUCCGCGUUUCGGUCUGGGAUCGCAUGUGGUACUUUAAUCACACUAGGAAGUUGUACGAGUCGAAUGCCAUGGGACCGGUCGCGCCCGUUGCUGUAGUACAUGAUGAUGCGGGCGUGGAGCAGGCGUGGUGGAGCCCAAUCGCGGAGAAGGGCGGGGCAAAGUCGGACAAGGAUGAAUGGCUGCCAUUCAAUGAUUUGUGCAAGGACUUUGAGAAAGAGGUGUUUAGAGAUGUUUAG